CCACGCCGCCAACCUCCGUCGCUAGGGAACCACCGCCGUCUCUCUCUCUCUCUCCCUCCACGUUUCUACUCGCGCGCGUCAACCCUCUGUAAAUCUAAGGUUUCUAUUUCUUCAAUUUUUGAGGGCCAGCACUCUCAGGACUCAGGACACACGACACAGCCCGCAGGUGCAUUCUGCCGCCAGCCGCCUGUCGUCCAACGCCAACACCGAAUUCCUAACAACGCUGGUCCAUUGCUCCACGCCUCGGGCUGCUCGCUGGAAGUUUGCAGAUAAAGAUGAAAAAGUCAGGAUAUGGAUUGCAGCUUAGAGUUCCACCUUCACAGCAGAAGAAACAGCCAACAAGACCUCCCCUCCCCACUGUACUUGGUUUUGGUGAUGGCGAUGAUGAUGAUGUUGAGAAAGAAAUCUCCCGCCAAGCCUCCAAGAACAAGGCUAUGAAAGAUGUUGAGGAGCAGCACAAGAAGGCUCUAGAAGAGGAUCCAUCGGUAUUUGAUUACGAUGGGGUGUAUGACAGCAUGAAAAUGAAGGCUGUUCAACCUCAAGUUCUGGAUCGUGAGGAGAGAAAGCCAAAAUAUAUCCGCCAACUGAUGGAGAAAGCCAAGCAACGAGAACGUGAACAUGAGAUUGUGUAUGAGAAGAAACUUGCCAAAGAAAGAAGCAAAGAUGACCACCUUUUUGCAGACAAAGAGAAAUUUCUCACGAGUGCGUACAAGAAGAAACUUUUAGAGCACCAAAAAUGGGAGCACGAAGAGCAUCUUCGCGAGCUACGAGAGGCAAAGGACGAUGUAACUAAGAAGGCAGACAUAAGUGACUUUUACUUCAACCUUGCAAGGAAUGUUGCUUUUGGGGGAGGGGAAUCAAAAGCAAACAAGCCCGAUCAGCCAAAUGAAGAGGUGACAAAUCAACCACAAAAAGAGAUUCCGAUUCCACACACGCCUAGAGAGAUGAAGAUUCAACAGGCUGAGAGCUCUCAACCGGCAGACACAAAGCCUACUACUUCUAAUGCAUCAUCAUUAGAAGAUAAGGCCAUAAAUGGGCCAGAAGUUGACGCUGCUGGCCCAUUAGUAGGUAGCGAUCAAGAAAAACUUGCGGCCCAUCAUCAUAAAAGAAGUAGCGAUGCUCUGGCUGCAGCUAAGGAACGGUUUUUGGCGCGAAAGAAGGCCAAGGAAGAAAGGUUUGAUUAAGAUCGGAGUCGUGUGCUCCAACAUCUUAUCUUCCAAGAUCUUCAACAUUGGUGUACUCAAACGUACAACAUUUUCGAAGUGGUGAGAUGAAAACAAAUCACACAUUGCCAAUGCCUAAAGUCUUGCCCUUUGAACUUCUCCAAAUUUGAGAACUUGUUCGUCGUCUCUCACGGAUUCGCCCCUUGUAAUCUUCAUGUUGUUGGGAAAUUAUAAUUUUAUUCCUUGUUGGUAAAUGGGGAUGAAAGGCAACGUUGCGUAGCAGCAUUUGAAUGAAAUGGUAUACGAAAG